AUGCUUAGCAGGGAUAGGAGAGAGACUCUUUACUCUGUGAUGACAUCACGCCUCCCGCCCACUUGUUAGUCACAUGACUUUGAGAAUCAGACCUCCUGAGAGUGAGUGAAUCGUAGCAAGUACCGGCUUGCAGGACUGAGGGAGAGAGAGAGAGGGCUUCCAGAGCACUUUAAAGCUACACUUUGACUUUCAACCUCUGAGAACCGGGAUGAUACUUUACAAAGGACUGGGAAUCCAGGCCAUUUCAAGGCAAUUGCAUGCUUGACAUUAGCCUUUAUGAGCCGAACCUUAUCACUCAGUGCCUAAUAAAUCCAGCACUGAAAGAAUGUGGCCUUCUAUUCUGCAUGAGUGUUCUUAUUCUAUGCUGCCAGUUUACUGAUAAGGCACAAAACAUAACAGCAAAAAAAAAAAUAUUUUAGUUAGAGGAAAAUCAUGAAUUUCACUACUCUGCAAUAGCUUGAUCCUUCAAGGCAUUUAAACCAAGUGACAUUAAAUAAACAUGUCUCACUCGGAGAACAAAACCUUGUUUUUGGGGGUGCUUGCUGGUGCGGCUGGCCUCAGCUUGACAUUGAUGUUGCUGAAACGCAACAGACCUCGUUACCUCCAAGGUUUAUCUGAGAUAUGGUCUUCUGUCAAAGAGCCUUCUUCUGCACAGGACAACCAAGGAGCAGUUUUGAUUCUUCAAGGUAGACAGCUUCAGAUCCUGGACAAACUGGGUAGCUUGUUGAAGAGUGUGGAAGAACUGAAGGAAGAAGUUAAGUUUCUAAAAGAGACCCUUCCAAAGCUUGAAGAGCAGAUACGAGAUGAGCUUAGAGGGAAAAAUGAUGCACGGAAGAUCAGCCCCCAGCAUAAAGGCAUUAAAAGAAAGAAAAGUGAAACAACUAAGGGAGCAGUUGAGUAUCCUAGCUCUGAGGAGGCUGAGAGUGAAGGAGGGUACAUAACUGCUCACACUGACACUGAGCUUGAAUCAGAUGAAGAACGAGGGCUGAAGCAUUUGAAUGCAGAAAAUGCUAAGGUUACAGAAGAGAAAGCAGAGUUACUUUCUGUUCUUCACCAGGCAGAUGCUGGACAUUGUGGUUCUGAAUCAGAAAAACAAGAAACGUUUCGAAUGAUGCUUGUUCAUGAGGAAAAGUAUGGAAAUACUGUGGAUUUUCUUUGGAGACUGGCACGGGCAUAUGGAGAUAUGUUUGAUAUGACAUCUGAUGUUGAAGAAAAAAAAAACUAUGCAGCUAAUGGGAAGAGUUUUGCUGGUAAAGCAGUUCAAUUAGAAGAAUCCAGUGCAGAGGGCCAUAGAUGGUUUGCAAUAAUGUGUGGCUACUUGUCUGAGUACGAAAGUGUACAGGAUAAAAUUAAAAAUGGCUAUCUCUUUAAGGAGCAUCUGGAUAAAGCAAUAGAACUAGAUCCAAAGGACCCUCUACAGUAUUACUUAUUAGGCAGAUGGUGCUAUGCAGUUUCUCAGCUAUCUUGGAUUGAGAGGAAAGUUGCUGCCACACUUUUUGGGAAUCCUCCAACUGCAACCAUACAAGAGGCUUUGCAGAAUUUCCUCAAGGUCGAAGAAAUGCAUCCUGGUUACUCCAAAUAUAACUACGUCUUCCUGGCAAAGUGCUACAAAGAUCUCGGGAAGAAAUCCAUUGCUUUAAAGUACUGUGAUGAGGCAUCAGCAAUAACGUCUGCUAAUAAAGAGGACAAAGAUGCUCAGAAAGAACUGGACACCCUGAUGGCAUCCCUGAAGCAGUAAUAUAAGCACAUUUUCUGAUGCAAAGCAAACAUAUACAUAACAAUACACAGAUGUAUUUUGUCCAAUUGAGUAAUAAUUCAGUAUGAGACCUAUUAUCCAGAAGCUGAGGUUUUACGGAUAAGGGAUCUUUUAUGUAAUUUGGAGCUCCAUACAUUGGCUACUUAAAAUUAAUUUAAAAAAUAGACCCAAUAGGAUUGUUUGCCUAUAAUAAGAAUUAAUUAUACCUUUGUUUGAAACAAGUACAUGAUACUGUUUUAUUAUUACAGAGAAAAAUAAAAAAAACAUUUUCAAAAUCUGAAUUAUUUGGAUAAAAUGGAGUCUCUGGAUAACAGGUUUCCGGAGAACGGAUCCUAUACCUGUAUAACAAAACUUCACUUUGCACAAAAUGUAACUCUGCAGUGCUUUUGAUUUUACUCUGAAUACUACAAAUGAUUGAACAGAUAUUUAUAAAGUGACAACUCAAUAGCCUCACUUGUGAUGAAUCCUGCAUGUUUCAUCUUUUAAAUGAAUGUAAAAGUGUAGAAAUCAUUUUAAAAAUCUGUAUGAGCAAUAAUGGAAGACCUUAACCCAAAAUUAGCACAAUAAACAAGUUUUUUUUGUUUUAA